ACGUCCACUGUGGCUCUCAUGCUGUGAUUGAGAUACUCGUAGUUUAAUUAAAUUGAUAAGCAGCUAUCAUAACGGGAAUUUAACCUUCUGAAAGAUUAAAAAGCAUCGGGGUUGUAACAGAUAAUUAAAAAAAUAGAGACUGAACCAUGUAAGGGAGAGUUGCCAGUAAUUUGAACCGCAAACAAAGGCGUCGUUUGCCCAACAAAAUUUUCAAAGCAGGUGUAUGGACGGAAAGAUUGACAUAAGAUUAUAGCAAGGUACACACAUAUGAAGCGAUAUAUGUUUAUACAAACACAAUGGGUACUCCCGGGUUAAUGCCCACUCACUGCCACAAGUGAUGUUGAGAAUACUGGUAAAUAUUGUCUCAAUAUUUCCGAUGGUUACGGUCAAACAUCUGGGUCAAACGGAGUGGGAAAGGUCCAGUUUCAGCACCUUCUUCGAUGGCAGUUGGAAAAUGGAUAUUUUGGAAUUUAAAAAGCGCCUCUGAGUAAUAGGAGAAUACCACGAGAUUCGUGUCUGAGGCCAUGGGAAACUUUUAAGCCUGGAUUUUAUAAAUGCUGACGCUGCCGUCUUCUGAUGAACACCUUGGGAAAAGUUAUUAUCAUGGUUACUUCUAUUUACAACAGACGCAUAUUUUUGUAUCAUGACGGGUGAAGGAAAAUGAUAAUUUCGAAACCUGUUCAAUGUAUUUAGCACAGGUUGUGCCUGUUUGGUAGUAUAAUAACUGGAUUUUUAAUAAUCACACAAUACCAAAGUCUUCAUCACUCGCUGUCAUGUUUCCUCGAAAGUCGUCCCUGAAUAAUUCAAUGAGUUCAAUGGAUUCUGGGCGGUCGACGCGUCAUUCCAGUAGUCCUGUAACUAAAGAUGGUAAACCACAGAGGUCUGACAGUCUGGGAGGCAGACGACAGUCCUCCCAAUCCAACUCCUCAAUGCCAGCCAUCUUCAAAAUGUCACGGCAGAUUCUCAAGUUUAUGCGAUACAACAGAGAUGGUCAUCCAUUAGAGAAAUUUCGACGAAUCGCAAGAGUGAUCCUAGUCUGUAUUAGCUGGUGCAGGUUUUCAUAUCAGAGAGCCGAGGAAAGAAAAGACGAAUUCUUGUCCCUGGCUCAGUACCAUGACCAGCCGAACCAGACAGUGGACGGCCAGGAAUUACUAUUUGACCUUUCUUAUUUUAAAGUCAAACAGGCGGAAAGGAUUCCACAGGAGGCUAAAAGAAUACUCCAAAAACAACCAGAGAGAAGGACAGAAAAGGAGCUGAAAUAUCUUCUGAUAAUGUUACGCACCAUCAAAUCGUUCAGUGAAUACCCCAUCAGAAUGCAGAAGAGAAUGUGUUCUGUAAGCUGGUAUGAAGGGUAUGAAAGUAAACGUGCAAUCGUUCGCCAAGGACACCCGCCUUCAGCCUUCUACUUUAUUUUAUCAGGAACAGUUGUGAUAACGGUACUGGAGGAAAACUCCCAUGUUCCAAGGACCAUCUGCUUUUUACACAGAGGAAUGGAGUUUGGGGAGCUCGCCCUCAUCAGCAGAAGUAUUCGACAAGCUACUGUUGUCAGCAAGACAGCCGUCGAAUUAUUAUGCAUAUCUCUCGAGGAUUUUGAAGAAAUAUUCAUGUCAGGAGGAAUGAAGAAUGUCAAUGAUCCCGAUCAUAAUAAAUUUUUGAGAAGUGUCCCAUUUCUUCGCAUGUAUCCAUUAGAUAAACUAGCCCAGGAAGCUUGCGUUUUCCACUUCUUCAGUCGUGGUCAAGUGUUGGUGAGGGACAGCAGUUAUUCGGACUGGAUAUAUAUAGUAAAGUCGGGGAGCGUAUCAGUGCUAAAGAAGCUCCGCAGAGUGGACAGGAAAAGGAAAAAUCCUGAGGAUGAAAAAGACAAUGUCUCAGAUAAAGCGUCCAGUUCAUCCCUCACAAAGAUCUCUAGCCCUAGACAACGAAAAAAGAGCAAAACGAAAAGUCUCGAUAAUCUAGAUGAAAAAGGGGAAGUACCAAUUUCAACACGUGAUUUGGGGAAGACUUUACCCGGAUUGUACAACAAGGACGACCGAAUGGGUCUUAUAGAUUACGACACUGUGAUUCAAGAGUAUGAAAAGCAUAAUAUUGACGAGGAGACAGAGCUGGAGGAAGCCAACGACAAUGUUCUACGUCUACCAAUUAUUAACCAGACAAGAACGCCAUCCGCACCGAGCAGCGCUGGCUCGCCAGAAGCUCAAGUUCAAAUUACGGAAAACGAAAUUGUGAAACUGCCGGAAAUAGGUCCAACAACAAAGGGUGUAUAUUUUUCUCAAUCAAGGAAGCGUAAGAAAAAUGUAGAGGAGCAUGUUAAAUACAAAGAGGAUAAUUUCGUGCUGGUGAGUGGACGAAAGACUAUAGCAGACGACCUUGACAACAAACCGGUAAAGAUCCACGAGCUCACGGAGGCAGAUCUGUACCCUGAGUUCAUAGAGGUGCAAGUACUCGAAAGGGGGCAGUAUUUUGGCGUGAGCAGUCUUGUUUUCCCCGAACAACCAAGUCUUAGUCUCGUCUCCAAUGGCGCCGACUGCAUUCUGAUCUCAAAGAAAGCCUUCAUGGAGCAUUGUGACGAGAAAAUGAUGCGAUAUUUGAGAAAAACAGAAAUCCCAUACCAAACGGACGAUGAAAUGCAGCAGAAACUGAAAGAGCAGGUCGGAUGGGAAUUCCACAGGAACGUUACGUAUUCAAAAACUGCUCAAAAAGUAAUGAACUUGAGAUCAAGAAAGAAGUCAAACAGGCCACAAUAUGCAGGACAAUACAACUUUCGAACUGGACCGUUUGCGUGACUCAAAGAGAUGCAUAUUCUUUAUCUAUCUUUUUGCGUGGCCAAAAAUUUACUGCGAAAGAAAAAUACGUACAUGUAGUUUAGUUUUGCAAUGAAGAAGUAUUUCGUGAUUAAG